CUUUGCUUCACCUUAAACUUCCUCAUUGGGAGUCUCGCCUGGACUGGUGACGGUCGGAGUCUCGCCUGGACUGGUGACGGUCGGAGUCUCGCCUGGACUGGAGACGGUCGGAGUCUCGCCUGGACUGGUGACGGUCGGAGUCUCGGAGACUUAUGGAAGAGACGCUCCUCCUGUGAGAACUUGUGAAGGAUCCCGGGGGCUGGGAGAUCUCCAUGGAGCUGCAGGACGCUCUGCUGACCCUCGGCGCUGUCAUCGACCUCUCUCACCUCCGGACGGCCAUCAAAGAUGCCAUCACCACUGUUAUGCCAAAAGUGGACAAUGCCUUCAUUUAUCUGCUGGACUUGGAAGGACGGCUGGUGUGCGAUGACCCCUACCAUGAGCUGCCUCAAGAAGGAAAACUCAGGGAUUCAGUUUUGCUCCGAAAACGGAUAGAAUGCAGCGGCCUGACCCCCUCCGAGCUCCUGGGACAGCAGAUGAGCAGCCUGGCCGCCCCGCUGCCCCCGGACAAACAAGUUGUGAUCGUACCGCUUAUAGAGCAGGAGAGUGGGCGUGUCCUGUGUGUCAUACUGAUGCAUUGCAGCACACUAAGUGAUUCUGAUGAGCACAAUCUUCACACACUGGAGAAACAUAUGGUGGUGGCGUGCAAGCGGGUGCUGGCUGUCCAGAAGCUCCAGCCGUGGCCCCAAGUCAGCCUGUCAACUGGUUCCUCGGAGAAAUCACUAACCAAACCUGAACCCGCGCCAAGUGAAAGCUACGAUGAGCUGGAUCGCAAGAUUCUCCAGUUAUGUGGGGAGUUGUAUGACCUGGAUGCGGCGUCGCUGCAAAUUAAAGUUCUUCAUUAUCUGGAACAGCAGACCCAGUCCCCUUGCUCCUGCCUCCUCCUUGUGUCCGAAGAGAGUCACCAGCUGUUCUGCCAGGUUGUCGGUAAUAAAAUACUUGAAGAAGAAAUCAGCUUCCCGCUGACAUUCGGACAUCUCGGCCAAGUGGUGGACAAGAAGAAGUCGAUCACUCUACAUGACAUCAGUUCGGAAGAGCACAAGCAGCUGAACAACAUGUUGGGCUUCGAGGUUCGCUCCAUGCUGUGUGUUCCGGUUAUAUGUCGGGCGACGUCGCAGGUGGUGGCACUGGCCUGUGUGUUCAACAAACAAGGAGGAAACUACACAGAGGAGGAUGAGCACAUAAUCCAACACUGCUUCUGCUACACGUCCACCGUCCUCACCAGCACCCUGGCCUUCCAGAAGGAGCAGAAACUAAAGUGCGAAUGCCAGGCCCUGUUGCAAGUUGCCAAAAAUCUCUUCACACACUUGGAUGAUGUGUCCGUCCUUCUCCAGGAGAUCAUCACCGAGGCCAGGAACCUCAGCAACGCAGAGAUAUGUUCGGUGUUCCUGUUGGAGAGAAAUACUCAUGAACUGGUAGCCAAAGUAUUUGAUGGAGGAGUCGUAGACGACGAUAGCUACGAGAUCCGGAUCCCCGCAGAUCAGGGCAUUGCCGGGCACGUGGCCACCACAGGGCAGAUCCUCAACAUCAAAGAUGCGUAUUCCCAUCCUCUCUUCUACCGGGGUGUGGAUGACAGCACCGGAUUCCGGACCAGGAAUAUCCUGUGUUUCCCUAUUAAGAAUGAGAACAACGAGGUCAUCGGUGUGGCAGAACUGGUCAACAAAAUUAACGGGCCUGGAUUCACCAAGUUUGAUGAAGAUCUGGCCACGGCAUUUUCCAUUUACUGCGGGAUCAGUAUUGCUCACUCCUUGCUGUACAAGCAGGUGAGGGAGGCGCAGUUCAGGAGUCACCUGGCCAAUGAGAUGAUGAUGUAUCACAUGAAGGUGUGCGAGGAAGAAACAAGGAAGUUGCAGAGUAAAGGGAUCCUUCCCAUCUCCCAGAUUGAUCCAUAUUUUUCAGAAUUCUGCUACACCCCCCGAUCCCUCCCCGAGGACGACACUGUUAUGGCUAUCCUCAGUAUGUUUGAUGACAUGAACUUCAACAAUAACUACAAGAUAGACCGCACCACUCUGGUCAGGUUUUGCCUUAUGGUGAAGAAGGGGUACAGGGACCCUCCAUAUCACAACUGGAUGCACGCCUUCUCUGUGACGCAUUUCUGCUAUCUCCUCUACAAGAACCUGGAACUGGUCAACUAUCUGGAGGAUAUUGAAAUUUUUGCCUUGUUUGUAUCCUGUAUGUGCCAUGAUCUGGACCACCGAGGGACGAAUAAUUCCUUCCAAGUGGCUUCAAAGUCUGUCCUGGCCGGUCUCUACAGCUCGGAGGGAUCUGUGAUGGAGAGACACCACUUCGCUCAGGCCAUCGCCAUCCUUAACUCACAGGGCUGCAACAUCUUCGAACAGUUCAACAGAAAGGAUUACCAGAGGAUGCUGGAUCUGAUGAGGGACAUUAUCCUGGCCACCGACCUGGCGCACCACCUACGAAUCUUCAAGGAACUCCAGAAAAUGGCGAAAGAUGGAUACGACCCCAAAAACAAGCACCACCACAACCUCCUGAUCUGCCUCCUCAUGACCUCCUGUGACCUCUCUGAUCAAACCAAAGGCUGGACCACCACCAGGAAGAUCGCGGAGCUGAUCUACAAAGAAUUCUUCUCUCAGGGAGACCUGGAGAAAGCCAUGGGGAACCGGCCCAGCGAGAUGAUGGACCGUGAGAAGGCCUACAUCCCGGAACUCCAGAUCAGCUUCAUGGAACACAUCGCCAUGCCCAUCUACAAGGUGUUGAAAGAGCUGUUCCCGCAGUCGGCUGAGCUCUACGAAAUCGUGGCGGCCAACCGCGUCAAGUGGAUGCGAGUUUCGAACAAGUUCACCAUCAGGGGCCUGCCCAGUAACAACUCGUUGGACUUUUUGGACGAGGAGUACGACAUCCAGGAGAGCAUGGACGACGACUAUAAACUCAACGGCUGCACCGACACAAAGGGACUCAACGGCUCGGUGACCGAUGAAUAACGAUCACUUGUUAUGAACGCACGUUGCGCAAUUUUCUCCCCCUGGCCGAGGGGGGGGGAGAGAUCUUAUAGUGUCAACUCCUCCAAGGUGGUCUGUGUGCCGUGCCAUGUUUGUCACGCCAGUCUACGACGCGGAGCCCCCCUUGCCUGUACCGCCGUCCACGCUCUUCGUGUUCCGACCGGUCAAAGGAUCAGCACUGCCAACCUCCUCUCGCCUCAAAUGACAUUUCAGGCUUAGACGUUCGAGGGGCAAAAACCUCUGGCCACGGCCAUGGAUAAGGAUAAGUUCCCUUUAAGAUGAUAUUCUCUCAGCCCCGCCCAGGAGGAUCAUCCCACUGAGAUUUGUUAUAUAUAUAUAUAACUACCUCCCGCCUUCAAGGGACAGUUCACUGUUUCCAUAGCCCAUCUGGCUCCCUUUUACUACUGAUAAUGAGACGGGUAAUUGUAACAAGUCGCCUAAAAAAUAAAAAAAAAGAGCAAGUCGAUCUGAGUCCAGAGCAGGGGCAGUCCGACCCUUCUGUAAUGCCCGCCCCUGAGGGGUCCUGGCCAAGCAUGUAAAGGAGAUAAGGGACAAAUGGCUGAAGACGUUCGUUUUCUCCACCAACCUUGUCAGUAAGAGGUCACUCCU